GGAGGAGGAGGAGGAGGCAAGAAAAGCUCUAGUAGAGCCUGGGAUGAUGGAGAUGAUAUUUGUUUCUCAAGCAAACCAGUGGUAAAGAGUCAGGACCAGAGGCACAGUUCUCGAGCCCGUGGCGGCUCAAUAGUCAGCACUUCCCUGCAGACUCUUCACAUGACCACUGAGAACCAAGCACGGGUGAAAGCUCUGCUACGGGAUCUUCAAGCUCCAGAUCUGGAUGGUGCUAUUGACGAUGCAGGAUCUGAUUUGGAAGAGUCUGACUACAACAGCUCCCAGGAGGAGGAAGAUGAGAAUAAGAAUAACUCUGACGAAGACUUGGAGUUCAGUUUCUGGUCCUCCCCAGUAGCAAAAGAUCAGGCAGAUCAGCAGGUUGAAAUGUUACCAGAGGCAGUCAUAUCCCCUUUUGCUAUUGGAAAAUUAUCCCGGUAUGGCUUUGAUCGAGAGAGAUGUAUGAUUGCUCUCAGGACUCAUGAUGGAGAAGUUGGUACAUCUCUAGAGCAUUUGCUGCAACAGUGCUUUUCAGAAGCUUUUGGCAUGCAGAACAAAGCUGCGCAAUCUGCUAGUGAUAUUAAAAUGGAGGACAUCUUACCAUUACGUCAGGAAGAGGGCAUUUGUCCUUAGUUCAAUCUGUGGGGAGAAAUUUAUUGAGAGAAUACCAAAUAAAGUUUGGACAGUUGGACUGGAGCUGGAUUAUCUGACAGUCAGGCUGCAAAAGUCAACACACAAGGACAAUACCAAAGAAUUGAUGAAGUCAGAUCUUAGAAAUAUCUGUAGGUUUUUUGUAGCGGGUAAAACAUGCAGAUUUGGGUCAAAGUGUAGAUUUAAGCAUGAAGUACCAAAGCAGAUCUUGAAGGAUACAUCUCAUCUAAAUGCCAAUGCAGAUAGCAGUUACCUGUAUGAACUUGAAAUUCGUUUCCCAAAGGAUAACCAAUACCCCUAUGAACCACCACUGGUAGCGAUUCACUCACUCAAUGAAGACUUUCCAAUGGCCUGUCGACUGCAUAUGGCAGAAUAUCUUUAUGAAAAGGCAUUAAGACUUGCUCAGACUGGUGAACCGGCUGUCUACUCAUUGGUUACCUGCUUAGAAGAUGAACAUGACAUUGUAAAAUUGCUUGCAAACACACAUCACAGAUUCAGCAUCCCUCCACCUUUUAUACAACCAGCAACUUCUGAAAGCAAGAAACCACAUAUAAUUAUUAAUAAACCUCUCUCUUUUGAAAAACCAAGCCAUAUACCAGAAGGUAGGAAGGAACAGACAAUAAUAGCAGAAGUUAAUAAAAUUACCCAAACUGAGGAGGAUGAAGUAGAUGAUCUGGACUCUGAGGCUGUGGUAAUAGAAAAUGAAAGCUAUGUUAACAUGAAGAAAAAGCAAGCAAAGAAAUACAGCUGGAACCCUAAAUCAUUCCAAGCUGAAAAUGCCAAAAUCUGCAAGCACUUUCGCAUCAAGAAGGCAUCCAAGGUUUAUCAUGCUAUGCUUCAAGAGAGGAUGAAGCUGCCAGUGUGGCAGCAACAAGACAUUAUACUGCAGCUGAUGGCAAAGUAUCAAGUCUUGGUUGUAUGCGGUAUGACUGGAUGUGGUAAAACCACACAAAUUCCACAGUUCAUCUUGGAUGCUUCAUUAAAGGGAUCUUCCAGUUGUCUGGCAAAUAUUGUAUGUACACAGCCACGCAGGAUAUCUGCCAUCUCUGUCGCUGAACGUGUAGCUCAGGAGAGAGCGGAGAGAGUCGGAAUCUCUGUGGGAUAUCAGAUUAGACUUGAAAGUGUCAAGUCUCUAGCCACCAGGCUUUUGUACUGUACAACUGGAGUUCUUCUGAGGCGUCUAGAAGGUGACUGUACUUUGCAAGGUGUCACUCAUGUAAUUGUGGAUGAAGUUCAUGAAAGAACCGAGGAAAGUGACUUCUUGUUGUUGGUCUUGAAAAAUGUUAUGAGCAAGCGACCUGACCUGAAGAUCUUGCUUAUGAGUGCCACUGUCAAUGCUGAGCUGUUUUCACAGUACUUCAGUGAUUGCCCAAUUGUUCACAUACCAGGUCAUACUUUUUCCUGUUGAACAGUUUUUUUGGAAGAUGCAGUUGCUAAAAACAAGGUAUGUACUGGAUGAUAGAAGCCCAUACAAUCGCUCCUCUAGACAUUCAUCGACAAAGGAGACCUCUAAACAGAAUAAAGGAAAGAGCUACGAAGAGAUUAUGGGAGAAUUAGAAUAUGCACUCAACGGUACACUAAAGAUACAGGAAUCCAGGGUUGUAAAGGAUAAUAUGCCAGACCAACAACUAAGCUUCAAGGAGCUAUCCACCCGUUACAGUGGUAAUAUUAAUAAAUUAAAUUGGGGUCUAUACAAUUUCUGUCUGAUAAUGGGCAAAUGAAAUCUGAAUUGUUU